GAGGAUGUCGGAAUGAGAAGUCGCUUUGGGGGGACUCCGUCUGUACUCUGAACCGUUCGGGGGGGGUUCCUCCUGUGGUUAGUUUAUUUACAAGCCCAGGUAUUGCUUCGUGUGAGGAUUUCUUUCGGUCCACAUGGCCGUGUUGUCGUUAAAGCUCGCCUGCCGCUUUACGGACAACCCGUUUUCAGUGUCGGUAUCAUCAGUUGGUCGAUGUUUGCUGUCAGUGUAACUCACGGAUAGUGGUACAGUUGCUUUGGGCUGUUUUUAACGGCUACGGGCUAGCCUUAACUUCACCAGUGCAUCUCCGCGGUGAGCUAGUUUCAAACGCAAACUGUAGGACUUGCUACCUCUGCUCGGCCGCUCACUUUGUAACAUCAUGUUGUUUAUAAGACAACGAACAAGUGGACGGUUCCCUCAACCAACCAUGGGGCUAUAAACACGCUUGUAACGGCAUCAUUUAGCUGUGCAAAAUUCCAUGCCGCUCCAUGCCUUGGUUGGCAUCUAAUGGAAGAAAACGCACCCAUCAGGUCUGCCAUGGUAUCCAGACUGCCUAAGUUCGGUGGACGCUCCUCAACUAGUGGCACCAGUGCUGUUUCUAAUGGUUCUGCACAUCCAGCCACCCCUACUCAAGAUGGCAAGGUUGCUCCAUCAGCAACACGCCCAAAUGGUGUGAUCCAAGCGUCACCCUUUUCCCUAAAAUUGAAGAGAGAUGAGGGGGUAAACCCCUCUAGUCCAUCCAUUCCCACUGCCCCUGAGGAUGAAAGUGAAGACAAGGCUCAGACACAGCUUCCCUCUGUGAUCAAGGAAGUAAAGAAUGGCUCUCCAGCAACACCUAAGAUGCGCAGAUCAGGCUCUUUGAUGGUGGCUGUCUCAAGCCCAAAGGCUAUUCAAAAGCAAUCCUCAAAGAUGACUCCCAAAGUUGGGACCAAGUUAGGGCAGAGCCCCAUGAAUGGAAGUUCUAAAACAGGUAGUAAUAGUGCAAGCAUUCCUACUCAGACAGGGUUGGAGUCUCGGCUUGUGCGACCAAGGUUAGGCUCUAGCUCUACCAGAAGCAACUCUCAAGACAGCCUGUCUCAGUCCAGUGAGAGCCUGAAGAUUGUAGCACUGGACAACAUGGUUCGUUCAAAUAGUUUCACUCACUUUAAACAGAUUCCCUCGCCCACUAGUGAGCCUAUGAUACGGUCUUUCUCUUUUAAUCGGGCUGUGGAACUAGCCAAGCCUCUGGCCAACACUCAGCUGCGGCCUCCUCGGAGUACUUUUAUCAAACCCCCUCAACUGAGUAAUGGAAGAGUGGGUUUAGGACUGCAUGGCAGCCCUGGAGGUUCAGGUGGUUUAGGUGGGGUUGGAGGACUUCAGUACAACAAAACUUCUUCAGUUGCGUCCUCUCUGCCUGGCCCUUUGAUCACUACAAUACCAACUACUCCUCGUACUUUAAGGAAGCCUCUGCUCCCCAGUAGUGUGUUGACCAAGUCAAUGGCAAGCAGUGGGGGGUCACUGUGCUACAAAUUUCCCCGAACUGGGCAGGCUAAACAGCAGAAGUCUCUUUUAGCAGGUAACAUUAAGGAGGAUAUCAGCUCUUCAACUGCCUCUGAUUGUGUAGGUCUACUGGAGAAUGAAUCAACCUACAAGGCUGAAAAAGUAGAUUCUCAAAGUGAAAGUGACAGAAGCUCUGGGAAUGCAGAAGGAAAAGGAGGAGGAAGUGGUGCUCUUGGGCACAGUGAAGCUGACCAAACAGCAGCCGAGACCCUGGAAGACAUGUCCUUAUCUUCUGCUUCAUCUCUAGAGAGAGGUGACAACAGUGAGGAGUUUCUAGAUGACUUCGACAGUGUGGGAGAUGUUUUCAGUGAUGGGGACCUGCCUGACAAUAGAAAAGCUGCCAGUGAUGCCCAGCUAGACAGCCUCCUAAAUGAGACCAGUGACUGGGAGUCUGUGGAUCUGACUGGUCAUAAGGAAGAAAGUCCUAUGCAGGAGUCCCAAGGAUCACUGAUGCUAUCUCCAGAGCAGACUGAUGCCCCCCAGAUUUCAUCUGUGGAGCUGUCACCCUCCAACAGCUCCGGUGGAACCUACAUGUGGGAUGAAGAGGGGCUUGAGCCCCUUGGGGGGCCUGCAGCUCACCGGUUAGACAGCUAUGAUGACUCAGAGCUGAACAGCAUAGACAUCCUUAACAACCUGGACCCUCUGGCAACAGGAGAAUUGGAUGAUGAUGACCUCAUGCUGGAUGUGGACCUCCCAGAGGAUGGCUUGCAUGAGACUGAUAGGAUGUCCCACAUUGAGCGCCCGGAGCGGGCCAAUCGGCAGGGGCAGCGGCGUAAACACCAUCGUUGGAGUGGGUCAGAUCACUUUCAUAAUGAUAACAGGGCUCACGUCUUGCAACAUUAUGAUGGUUUCAGAGCUUCAAAGAACUCAGCCCGAAAGGAAGGCAGGGAGCAUGGCUACAUGCCAAUGUUAGAUGGACUUGCACUCGAGCACAUGACUCAGGACUGCAGCUUCCUCAAGAACCAGCUGCUCAAGCUCAAAACGUUACUAGAGCUUGAGGAUACAGACGCUCCAGCAGAUGUUCCUGUGGAAUCUGAAGACAGUACCUCUGCAACACAGUUGGAGGUGCUGGUAAAGGAAGUGCAGGUGCUCAGAGAGGAACUGAGGAGUCGAGACAAGAUCAUUGCUCAGCUCACACUGCAGUGUCAAGAACUACAACAACAACAUCAACAGGAACAGAUUUCUGCUACAGGCCAGCAGGUCAAGUGUCAGUGCCACCACCAGAGGGCUCCGUCUUCACUAAGACAGAGCGACAGACAGGUGGACAAACGUAUGCAACACCAAUAUGAUAAGGCCACUCAGACGUACUGGAGACCACCAAACCAUGCUCCUCAAAUACUACGGCCUUUCAACCCCUGUCUCAACGAGCACCUCCACCAGGGAAAACUAGUAAAAACAACCCCUACCGUGGGCCGCAGUGACCUCACAAGGAGUAAAUCAGAGGAAGCAACCCGUUUAGAUGCUGACCGUCCUCUUAAAGCUGUUGUGGCAGAUGCGUCUGGGCCAACAGGCCCUGACAAGCUGAGUCAUCUCCCGAACACCAACCUGCACCGCCUGGGUUCUGGGGCUCCACAGGGGAUAACUGCCAGGGACAGUCCAGCAUCAGCAGCACAGCAUGAGAGGAGAGCCCCCGCUGCGAUACUGCAGAACUCUGUCACUCCUAGAUCUGCUGGUUCGACUUGCCCUCGCAUGCUGCAGCCUCCUCGCUUUCACAAGCGCGUUUCUCUCCCUGCACUCAAGCCAGGGGCCACUGGUGGCUUUGGCUCUCUGAAGCCGGGGUGUUCCUUAGGGCCUCUGGCUAACCAAGCGAAGCAGCUGCCGCCUCCAUCUAGAGGCCUUCCCUGCUUUAACACUGGACCCCAGGUGCAAGCUCAAAGUCUGUUUUGUACUUCACUGCUUCAGCCUCGCAGGGAUCCAAGUUACACCAGCUCUAGCCUGGAGGAGCACAGCCUAAAAGAGCCUAACCAGGGUACACUGAGACCCCGGGUCAGCCAAGUUCCCGAUCCCUUUGAGUCGCUCAUGCCUCCCAAAGCCAAAGAUUCCCUGAGGACCUGAAAUCCGUCCAUCAUAACCUAAAACUGAAAUUACUCUGACAUUGAUAGUCAUCUCCUUCGCCUCCUAGCUCAUUACUAAUAUAUGAGACAUUCAAGCACUGCCUGUGUCUGCAACAUUGUUUUUGGGACUUCUGUACAGUAUUGUUUCUAAAUUAACCACUUCAACAUGAUUGAUCAAAAUGUAUUAUGUAGCCGGACCUUAUUUUCACUACUGUCCACACUUGUGAGAUCGAGGGGUUUUGAUGAGGAGGUUAGUUUUGCACAUGAACACGAAGGCUGCAGACGGAAGAAAAGAGUGUUACCAGUUUUGUUUUCUUUUAUAAUACCCACUGGCUAAUGUCACAUUUUAAAGUCCAAGUUCACUUGUUCCUCAUACAACUGUGCCCUUUGACACACAGGUGCAUUUGGUUUUAAACAUAGUGGUGACAUGAGUUUGACCUUUGCUGUGUAAUAGACAGCCCAGGGGGAAACCGAGGCAAAAAAGAAAGUGGGAAAGAGGCAAGAAAGUGAAUGUGAAAUGGGGCUAGAGACAGAAAAAAAGAAAUUUGUCAAAGCGCUCUGGAGUUGUCGCUUCUGGAAUGAGAAUAUGUGUGUGUAAACGUGUCUGAGUGUGCGCAUAUGUCUUCUUUUUAAAGAUAGAGAGACAUAGUGUUGAGAGAUGGAUUUAAAAAACAGCUCCACGCUGUAGGUGCUCACGUCCUUCCAGUUCAGCUCACUACACUUACAUCCUGAGUGAACUUUCAAACCGUGCACGUGGUAGCAGAAGGGUUCACAGACCUUUUGUGUAAAUGCACUGUGAUGGAAAUAUAGCCACUGAAAAAUAACAAAAGGCUGGUGGUGGGGAUAUAAUUAGGAGAAACAGUGUGCAAGUGAGGAAUUAGCUUUCAUAAUGUAGUGGAAAGAAGCAGCAUAAUAAAGCACUCAUACACUUAAGUGUGCUCAGGUACAGUGGAAGCGCACUCAUAUCUAUAUGUGCAAACACAGACAAAAGACACUGUUAUUUCAGGGUUACUUUGUGCAGUUUUAGAUGAAAAAGACUGAAGAGUAAAAUGAGAUAUGGUGAGAAGUAAAUGGUAAAUGUUUAAAAAAAAAAAAAGCAAAGUUAAUAUCUGCAUAGUAAAAUCGUUGCUAUAAAGACAAAGAACUUUUAAAACAAACUGAAAAAGAGAGAAAAAAAAAAAAAGGGGGAUUUGCCCAAUUUAAAACAUCAAUAUGCGGUAGAAGAAAAUAUCGCAAGUCAAACUCAGGUUGAGAAUGGCGAAUAAAACUGAAUAAAACAUAAUUUGUGAGUUAAUUAAAUAACUUAAGAAGAGGGACAUUUUUACAAUGCACGCUGACUUUCUUGAAACAACUUUUCCUUUAAUCGCCCACACGUGGAAACAUCAACUAAUGGGGAUUCAUUAGAUGUGUGAAGCUGCUGCCUGGAGAAAAAGCGUGCGCGCUGAGCUGCUGUCGUUUUUAUUUUUAUUUUUUUCCCUAUUCCACCGUCUCUCCUCUCACUCUCUUGCAUGUCUCUUUGGGAACAUCAAAGGUAUUAGCGCGGUAUUUUCAGGUGGGGAGCCUUCAGGGCUUUGGUGGUGUUUCUGUGGGAGUUUUGCAGAAUUGUGUUUAUCGCUGCUUUGCGAAGCCCUUUUGCAGUCAAACGCUCCCGAAAUGUCCCUGAACGGAGAGCAGCAGUGUGUUAAAAAGGCCUUCUGACAGCAGCUCUGCUCUCUCCUCUGUCACGCCGCGUGACCGCUUGGUGUACGCCUCUGGCAGUGUCCGGUCUACUGCGUCCAAUAAUGCACCCUACAUAGACAGAGUGAGACAGAGGGGGAGAGAGAGAGUGACACACACACACACACACAUUGCACACACCCACGAGUUGUAUAGACGCACAUGUACAGGAACUUUGACAGAACUCGAAGAGAUGCGAAACUCAGAAGAGACGCGGACAUCAUUUCACACUUUCCAACAGUCGCACAAGUGCACCUACAGGCCAGCACUCUUUGAGUUCUUUAACAAAGUGCAUGAAAGUGUAUCUGUGUUGUUUCAGAAGUGCUCACAAAAUGAGGUCUCCAAGUAAACACUCAUCUGUUUGCCUGCUGUAGCCAUAAAAAAAGAUGCCCAUCUCUAGAUUACCCUGGAAAUGGAUAGAGGCUUGUGUUUGUUUGUGAUUGAGGAUCCAUGUGGCUGAUAAUACAUGUUUACCUGUUGGAUGGCUCAACAUUGUGCCAAGCCAGCCAAGCAGUCAGCAGUGCUCUGUGAAGCCAAGAAAAGCCCAUUUCUUAUAAUGAAAAUGGAAACGCGGACAGGAAGACGCACCCAGAGUGUAAGAUAGGUGCCCAGCAAGAGACAAAGAAAAGCUGAAAACAAUUUAUAAAAGUAGUGAAGGUGCUAAUGAUCAACACAAGCCCUUUCUGGCAGACUUGUCUGUAAAAUGUCACGAAGGACAGAAUGCAUACAAUCUUUGUCUGCACUGUGGUCUAGAGAAUAGCCCGCGCCCCUCAGCUGUGUCAUUCACUGCUAAGUAAUGCCAAACAGGAAAUCAAUGUUGCCUGCUGUGUGUAUUUGUAUGUGUGUAUUUAUGUGUGCGUAUCUCCAGACACCUCUGGCUGCCAGUGUUUCGCUCUUGGAGGAAAGAGUGUGUGCGUGUGUGUGAGAGAGAGACAGAGAGAGAGAGAGAGAUGCAUCAGCCCAGGCCAAACGCAAAGCCAUGCCAGGGAAAACAGGGCAGUACCAUGCCUCUCUGUGCUGUAUUCCCAAGCUCCAAAUCAAUGUCCUUGUUCAGUUUAGCAGUCAAGCAAAUCACUCUUGCCUGCUAUGCUAUAACAAAACAGGGCUAAAAACUCUAGCAACUUGGAUCAGUCCUAAUGCGGGAACUUGAUUUGCUUUAUUUUUCAGAGAGGACGCACAAAUUAUAAAGCUGCAUUGCACAAGAGGGGAAAAUAUAUAUUUUCUGCAUUAUUACUCUGAAUGAUAGAGGAAUGCACCUUUUUGAGUACACAACUGUCUGUCAAGCAAAAGGAAAAAAAAUGCACAUCAACUUAUAAACAUUACUUUCAAACAGGAUGCUAAUUCAGUAGAGCAAACGCAGAGAAAAAAGAUGUGUAUUUACAGCUCAGGCUUCAUAUAAAGGCUUUUUUUUUUGUGGGGCAUUUUAGCACCUUUAGCUGAUUGUUUUGAUUCAUUCACCACAUUUUUGUAUUUCUUUCUUUCUUUUUAAAGAAAUAUUUAAUAAGACCAAUAUUCUGUAGAGUUACAAAUUUGCUACGUCACCUUCUUAAAGAAUAAGAUGUUGGCAAUUACAACUUUUUUUUUUUUUUUCUGGCUCUCAUUGCCCAAAAAGAAAAUAACAAAAAUAAACAAGAAUCUGAAAAGUUAAUGCGAGUUUAAAAUGAUUAUCAGGAGCCGAUGUUCCUUUAGCAACCACUCUCAUCUCUGAUGAUGUUUUUAAAGUAAAAGCUUGAAUCUUGAAAGAUGUAGGUUACGGUUUCUUCAGCAGCUGUAUGCUGUCAUACUUGACUUGUGGUUUUGUGACACGGUGUCAUGUGCUGAUGUACGUUUUAGAGCAGAGUCGCCAUUCAAGUGUUACUUGUCAGCUGAAUCACCAACUAGAUGUUUACAGUGUAAGCAGAUAAAGCGCCACAGUGUAGCAGUUCACAUUCCCAUAAUAUCCAAGGUCACAGUAUUUAUCACUACAUAUUCUCCUUCAUCAGCUGCUCGCAGCUCUUAUGCACUGUCUCAACUAUACUGUGCAAUACUGUUUGGAGCAAAAAGAAGGCGUGCUAAACUGUACUUGUAGCAAUCUUUUUGGGGAUAAUUUAUCUGAAUUUAAGGAGCCACACCUCAUACUCUCCCUAUCCGGUUUUUUGUCUGUAUAUGCUCUUGUGCACUACAAGCUAUUUGUUUUCAACUUCAUGCCCCCACCCUUCAAUUCUUUCACCUCUCAUUAGUACAUGUGGAUCUGCUUGGCCCAGGAGCCUCCGGUAGCCCCCUCUGAGACCUUUCCCAAAUCUCUGCCUCAAUUCAUGCUUACUCUAUCUGCCAUUACCUACUAGGAAAAUGCUUUCAAAUCUAAAUGAGGAUGUGCUCCCAGCUAUUGAAAUGCAAAUUAUUUAAAAAAAAAAAAAAAAUCAGACAUUUUAAAAAUUCUAAUUUGAAGCACUUUAAAUUACAUUAGUUCUUAAUGCUGAAUGACAAUGAAACUGUAUUAGGGGCGAUACUUGUUUUAGACAAAAUCUAUUUUGCUUUAUUUUACGCUCUCUUCCCUCGUUUGUUUCUAUUUGCAAAGUCAUAUUUUUCUAGGAAGACUUGUGAGACAGCAAUAAAGUUUGAACCAAAUAAGCUGAGGAGGGUGUUUUGGCUAAUCUUCUGUUUGAGUCCUGUCAUGUUUUGGUUCUUUAAUAUUUGUAAUAUGUCACCAACAAAGCUGCCGAUCUCAGUUUAAGAUAAAACUGAAGCCUCAUUCUUAUUUUGUUCUUCUUGUUUUUCAUGUCUGCUGGUUGUUUUACUGUGGAAAUAAAUUAUGCUUAAAAACCAAA